AUCACAAGUUACUCACCCUCUUAACUCUGAUUAACCACCUAAUAAUAAUCCAAAUUAUCAUAUUAUAACACCGUUUUGGUUGCUGAGAAAAACCUGUGCGGUUCCAUUGUGUUUAGCUGCAUAGCUAUCUAACCUUCUCCUUUUCUUCCCUCUUUUUGACGCCAAAUGGUGAAGGAUUUCCAAUUCCACCCAUUUUCCCUCGCCAAACACAAUCAUGUCUUUGUAAAGUUUUCAGUCUCCUUUCUUCUUAUAGGUUUUGCUUUUCGUUUGUUAGUCUCUGAUUCAUUCGGAUUCUUCUCCUCCUCCUCAGUCAUAGACUCUCCGCCACUCGUUCAACAGAAGUCUGAAACAGAGUCUUCUCCGCCCGCCCUUUCUUUGCCUGUAAAUGACUUCGAUGCUAAUGAUUUUGCAGUCCAUCAAAACCAAAACACUCUUUCUAAUCAUUUUGCAGUUAAUGCAACCGAAACUUCAGAUAUUGAAGAAUGUGACUUGUUUAGUGGAGAAUGGAUACCAGACCCUUCAGGCCCAUUUUACACCAAUCAAAGCUGCCUUCAAAUUGAAAGUCACCAAAAUUGUAUGAAGAACGGAAGACCUGAUUCAGGGUACCUUUACUGGAGAUGGAACCCACAAGGGUGUGAUUUACCCAGAUUCAAUCCAAAGAAAUUUCUUCAUCUCAUGAAGAACAAGUAUUGGGCUUUUAUUGGUGAUUCCAUUUCUCGUAAUCAUGUGCAGUCUUUACUUUGCAUUCUCUCUCAGGUGGAUGAAGCUAUUGAGGUGUAUCACGACGAAGAAUACAAAUCAAAGAUAUGGCACUUUCCAGGUCACAACUUCACUCUUUCAGUAAUUUGGGCCCCAUUUCUUAUCAAGGCAGAAAUAUUUGAAGACCUGAAUGGAGUUUCAUCUUCUGAAAUCCAGCUUCAUUUAGAUCAACUUGAUAAUAAAUGGACCGAUCAAUACAACAAGUUCGAUUAUGCGGUAAUCGCAGGUGGGAAAUGGUUUCUCAAAACUGCAAUUUAUCAUGAGAACAAUAACGUUACAGGGUGUCAUUACUGUCCUGGAAAGAACUUGACAGAGCUAGGAUUUGAUCAUGCAUAUCGGAAAGCCCUACAGUUGAUAUUCGAUUUUUUCGUUCGGUCGAAUCACAAACCUUGGAUUUUCUUUAGAACGACAACACCAGAUCACUUCGAGAAUGGAGAAUGGUUCAGCGGAGGAACUUGCAACAGAACAGUUCCCUUUAAAGUAGGUCAGAUUGACAUGAGAGAUGUAGACACAGUGAUGCGAGAUAUUGAAUUGGAAGAAUUUGAGAAGGCUAAUAAUGCAACAGGGGGGAAUUUCAAACUACUUGAUACGACACGGUUAUCGUUGUUGCGGCCGGAUGGGCAUCCUGGACCGUACAGGCAGUUUCAGCCAUUUGCAGAGGAUAAGAAUGCUGAAGUUCAGAAUGAUUGUUUACACUGGUGCUUGCCAGGGCCAAUUGACUCCUGGAAUGAUUUGGUAAUGCAGAUGUUAGUCACUGCCAGAUAGCAACUUCAAGUGUGUCUCCACUUUUCUUAAUGAGUUCGAGAAGCUUGACUGAAAGAAAAGUCAGCUAGUCCAUUUGGUGGUUAGUGACUGUAAAUGGAGAGUGCAAUUCUUUGGAACCUAGUUAUUCUAUCAUACUUGGUUGAAAAAAUUCUUUUUUUAAGUAGAUAGAAUUUCAUUUAGUAUCUGAGUACACAUAAACUUACUCAGUUUACCCUGGAUCUGUAAUUGAGUGAAUCAAAAUCUGCUUUUACUAAUUCA